CGCCAGGCAGACGAGCGGAUCGAUUCGCCACACCACUACCGCCCGCCAUACGAUGCUCGCUAUCUUCUCACCGAAUUUGCGAUAGCCCACGAUGCCUGCGCCAGGCGACCAGCAUCGCGACAAUGCCAACACGGUGAACCCGUUCAUCAAGCCCGAACCACGCAUGUCCGAGUUUACAGCACAGGAAAUAGCCACACUGCAGAGCAGACUGGACAAGCAGCUGGGUCCCGAGUACGUUUCCACACGACCAGGUGCCGGUGGGGGAAAGGUGCACUAUCUGGCAGCAGAGAAGGUCAUCAAUCUUGCGAAUGAAGUAUUUGGGUUCAAUGGCUGGAGCUCGUCAAUACAGAACGUUCAGAUCGAUUUCGUGGACGAAAACCGAGAGUCUGGCAGGAUCAAUCUUGGCUUGUCGACAAUAGUGCGAGUCACGCUGAAGGAUGGCACAUUUCAUGAGGAUAUUGGCUACGGGCACUGCGAGAACGCAAAAGGCAAAGCCGCUGCCUUUGAGAAGGCGAAGAAAGAAGCUGCAACAGACGCGAUGAAACGAGCGUUGCGCAAUUUUGGGAACGUGCUCGGCAACUGCUUAUACGACAAAGACUAUCUGCAGAAGAUCACCAAGAUCAAGGUAGCGCCCUCAAAAUGGGAUGCUCAAAAUCUGCAUAGGCACCCAGACUAUGCGCCGAUCAAAAAGGAGCCGGUCACGCAGAGCGUAUCAACAUCAGAGCGGGUAGGCGGACCACAACGCAACACUAGCAUGCAGUCUGUAGCGUCUGUCGGCUCGGGAGAGUUCGAUGACGACUUUGGAGAAGCGACAGAAUUCGACGAGACUGACUUCAGUCACCCUGAUGAAGUGCGACUUGACGAUUCCGAGGUCAGCAAUGGACCGCAGGCUCAUUUGCAAAGAGCAGCCAAUGGUCCACAAAACGCGCAAAGACAAGCCAUAUCGAGGACGCAUUCGAUGCCUCAAACGAGGCCGCCGAACAUACAGCCUCCUGCACCUGUCAACGGGAUGCAAGCCCCACAGAAGCCACAAUCAGUGCAACGGCCUCCACAGAACGCUGCACAGCCAGCCAAUCGUAUGUUGCCACCACAGACACCAGGAAAUCAACAGAGACCGCAACCACAACAGAAUGGCAACACGUAUCUCCAGCAUGGUGCAGAUGGGGCACGCUCGAAUCCAUCAUCGGGCAAUGCUGUUGGGUCGCCUUUAGCACAGCCUCAACCUCGACCGCAGAACGGUCUCAACGGACAACCGCAGCCAGAAGAGUCUAACACAAUACCCGCAGGAGCUACGCUAGGCUUCGUUUCCGGACGAAAACCCGAAGCGAACGUCGCUUUCAAUCCACACGCCGAAAGUCCUUCAAUACGGAGAACGCAGGGAGUGAACCCUGGCGUAUCAAAGCCAGUCCGUCGAGAACAACUCGCAAGUGGACAGCCUACCGCAACUGUGCCAAGUCAACAACCUGGCAGUGGCGCGGGAGGCUCUCGACCUGCUGCUGCUGGCCCAGCUGUCAACGCGACGAGUGCUGCACCUCGACCGAACGCGACCAACUACAUCAAUCCUGCUGCAGACAUGAGUCGGAAGAUUGGUAUGCCCCAAGGAGGGGCAGGGUUUCGUAACAGUACUGGUUACAAACCACCAAGUGCGGCGAAAAGACCGGCCAUGACUGAUGUCACGAACACGUACGGCGGAGAUGGCGCGAAUGAGGUCGCUCCCGAUCCGAAGAAAGCCAAGGUAGAACCAGGCAAUCCGGACAGUGUUACGUCCGAGACGGUGCAGACUGAGACUACAGCAUAGUAGGGCAGUCGUCCUACACGUCGCUAUUGGGAGCGUCGAAAGCAGAAAUUGCUUGCUUCAUGUUUAUGAGCGCGGAGUUGGGUGGUUGCAUUUUAAACUCAAGGAAUUGCUGUGCUUAGCACUUACGAGGCGUAGAGAAGAGGCAGUAGAAGAUGCCAAAAAUCGAGCUGAAGUCUCGUUCACGAUCGC